AUGUCACACUCCCUGCCUCAACUCCCCUAUCAAUAUGAUGCGCUGGAGCCCUACAUCGACAAUAAGACCAUGUUUGUGCACCACACGGCGCAUCAUCAAGCAUAUGUCUCCAAACUUAACGAUGCCCUCGAGUCCAUCUUCCAGUCAAUCAAACAGCAGCCUGCGGUUAUUCGCAAUAAUGGCGGCGGCCAUUACAACCAUUCUCUGUUCUGGAGAUGGAUGGCCCCAAUUGGAGCGUCAAAUACGGCGCCAUUUGGCAAGUUGAAGGAGGCAAUUGACUCCGAGUUCGGAUCUCUGGAUGCAAUGAAAACCGACUUUACAAAUGCUGCUCUCACACGUUUUGGCUCUGGAUGGGCCUGGCUUGGUGUGCGCCCCGAUGGCACUCUAGCAAUCUCGUCGACACCCAACCAAGAUAACCCGUUAAUGAAGGGCGUUGUGGAAACGGAGAUGAUUCCGAUUCUUGGUUUGGACGUCUGGGAACAUGCAUACUAUCUCAAAUACCAAAGCAAGAGAAAUGAAUACAUCCAGCAAUGGUGGAAUGUCGUCAAUUGGGAUGAGGUUGUUGAGGGGUAUAACACGUUUGCCAGCCAUGGCAAGCCUGUCCCCAUACUCAAGCCCACUAGCGCUAUAUAG